AUGUAUAACGGGAUUGGAUUACAGACGGCGAGAGGUUCUGGGACUAAUGGUUACGUACAGGCAAAUCGUAGUCAUUAUUUAACAUCAAAAGUGGCUUAUAAUUCGGAGGCAGAUAUCAAGCGUGCAGAGGCCGAACUUUCUAGAAAACCAAACCCAGAACUUCUGGAGCACAUGAAGAAGCGACAGAUAGAAUUGAAGUGUGCAGAUUUCGAACUUUUAAUGGAAAAAAAGGUGGUCGUUAACAUUCUUUUGUUUAUUGUCAAUUUUAAUUUAUUCGUUGCGGUAGUCUUGGAGAACGGAAAUAUCAGAAUUGAGCAACAAUGUUGGGUUCAGCCCUCUGUUUCGAAAAGUCUUUAUCUUUUCAAUGAAGAUAGUUUUUUCACUUUUAUAUAG